UAAAUUGUUAUAUAAAAGUUUCAAUUUUGAUUUUCGAUUAAAAUAAUUCACAGAAAAUUACAAAUUGAAAAUGUCUUUUUUAAUGAGAUGAAUGAUAUAACCAGAAAAUUAUCAUGUCAGCAUUUAAUUUUAGCGGUCCUGCGGAGAUAUUGAGAGCAGAACAAAAAGACGAGGAACUUUAUGAACGAAUUAAUCGACAGCUAAGUGAAUUUCUUCUAAAAUUCAAAGGACAUGUGUUUAUAAACAAAAAUAAACAGAACAUAUUUUGUACAUCACAAUUACUGUACUAUGCACUCACGACGCUGUCUAAGCUCCAAACACUGGGCGAAGAAUAUACAAAAAUUGUCCAAGUUGGAAAAACUGGAAAACACAUUCCAGGACUUAUACAAAGCACUGGUAUGAUAUUAGCCCACGUAUUUGGAGACAGACUUAUAAUCCUAGCUUUGGAUCGUUUAAUUGAUAACGUUCAACAUAACAAAUCAAUAACAAGUCUGGCCAAAGAUCAAAUCAUACGAUUCGCAACAUCUGUCAAAUCUCUAGUUCCACUGUUACAAAGCCUCAACAGAGUAUUAUUUUACUGGAACGGUUCCUUUUAUACUUGGGCCAAACGAUUUUUUCACAUAAAAUAUAUCUAUGCUGCCCCAUGGUACCGCCCUAAGCGGCCUUUACAUGUGUUUAAAAUUCUUAGUGUUUUGACUGCCAUCCAUUUGAGUGUGCUCAUGAUCAUGACUGUGUUUAAAACCCCAAAAGUACAAAAAAACGCGGAAGAACAUCUCAAUCAGCUAACUCCAUUGAAUAGUAGCAGUAAAUGUUCUCUUUGUUUAGAACCAAGACAAAAUACCUCACUUUCGUUUUGUGGACAUCUAUUUUGUUGGUCUUGUAUUCAUGAAUGGUUACAAACUAAUGACUUUUGUCCAAUAUGCCGCAAAAGACUAAAUCCUCGAAUGGUGGUACCUUUACAAAAUUUUAUUUAGGUAAGCCGUGAACAAAUUUAGAGUGCAAUUGUACAUUUAAUUAGGAAAAAGGGAAAAAUUAUUGUGAUAAAAUUUUAGUUA